AUGAGGCAUCAACCGCUAGCCAAGAACAAUCACCUCUUCGGGGUCGUUGAUAUGGGAAGUAAUGGAAUUCGCUUUUCCAUAUCCGACCUGUCGCCUCCUACGACGCGGGUGCUACCAACAUUGUACUUUGACCGAGUAGGUAUAUCGCUGUAUGAGGCCCAGUACGACCCAGAAACAGGAGAAAAAAUCCCUGUCCCUUGGCAUGUCAUUAGAGAAGUGACCGAGGAGUUCCGGCACUUUGUCCAUGUCUGUCGAGAGUUUGGCGUCCGGAAACAUCGGAUCCGGGUCAUUGCCACGGAAGCCACGCGGACAAUGAUAAACUCCAAGGAGUUCAGAGACCAUAUCAAGGCCAAGACCGGUCUGGUGGUCGAGAUGCUAUCCAAGGAAGAGGAAGGAAAUGUCGGCGCCAUGGGCAUCGUCAGCAGCCUUUCCCAAGUUCGCGGUCUGGUCAUGGAUCUAGGCGGCGGCAGUGCUCAAAUCACCUGGAUCAUCUCCACGGACGGAAUGGUACGGACCAGUCCUAAGGUGGCAAUAUCUUUCCCCUACGGGGCGGCUGCCAUCACGAAAAGAUUGGAAGAAUGUGCAAAGGCCAAAGACCCGGACAAGGCAAAGGAGAAAUUGCGUAAGGAGAUUGUGGACAACUUCCGCCGAGCAUUUGACGACUUGGAAAUCCCUCAGGAACUCAAGGAUGAUGCUGAAAGGGACGGUGGCUGGCAUCUCUACCUAUCGGGCGGAGGCUUCCGGGGAUGGGGUUAUUUGAUGUUGCACGAAUCCCAAGAGCAGGGCGCACACUAUCCUAUCUCCAUCAUCAACGGGUUCAAAGUAUACAAGGACGAGCUUACAAAUACGGAAAAGCUCAAGGAGGUCGCCCGCAAAGCUGAGAAUAUCUUUCGUGUCUCUGACCGCCGGAGGUACCAGGUCCCGGCUGUUGCAUUUCUUGUCAAUGUCCUUGCCAACACCUUACCCAUUGGUAUCUCGGUCGCUCGGUUCUGUCAGGGCGGUGUGCGAGAAGGGAUUUUGUUUCGUGACCUCCCUCCAACCAUUCGAGCACAGGAUCCUAUUGCCGUCGCCUCGGCACCGUUCGCGCCCGGAUCAGCGGGGCACUUCAUUACAUUGCUGUUGAAUGGUUUGCCUCCUCCCUCGGCUUCGCUGGGCAAAUCAGUUCCGCCCGCCUUGUCACACCACAUCAUUGAAGGCUUAGCAAACCUGUCCUUCCACCAUGCCUCCCUGAGCAAGGAAACCGCCUCCGUGGCCGCAUUGUAUACCACGACCACCGGCGUUCUCGCAUCCGCCCAUGGCCUGUCGCACAAGUCUCGUGCCCUUAUUGCCUUGAUGCUGGAGAACAGGUACGACGGCGAACUACCACCUCGCGAAGAGCUUUUCAAGUCACGUCUGGCCGAUCUUCUCACUCCGGAAGAGGUCUGGUGGUGUAACUACACCGGAGUUCUCAUGUGGCUGAUUGGCCAGUUUUAUCCGACCGGUAGGGUCGUACACCACCCGAAAGUCUGGCUGUCGGCUCGGUUUGCGGGUAAUCUAGGUAAGAAGGGAAACAAGGAGGGCGUUGAGCUCACCAUAUCGGUCCCUCGUCCUCCGGACGUGCAGGACGACGCGGUGGAAAAUUCCGCAUUGGACUCGUGUUCGGAUGAAGAAGGCCCUCUUGUUGGCCGACGACGUAUGCACAAGUAUGCCAAACAUGUGGCCCGCGUCGGAAAGAAGAAGCAUUGGGUUGGUGGGAAGGACGGUUGGGGAAUGAAGGUCCAAGUCAUCGUCGCCGAACAUUUGAGCCCUGCCAAUUGA